CGCAGACGCGUUUCACCUCGUAGCCUACCACCCCUCCUUCUCCUUGUCUCCCGCUCACCUCGAUGCUCUUGCAAUUGCAAUGGAGAAUCCAGUCGUAGCAGCUGCCAGUCUGGCCAGCGUGGCAAGCGCUGCGGCUCUGGCUUCCUCUUCGGCCACUCCCUCUACGGCUCACCAUCCUCCUCCUUCUCCUCGGGAUCGGAGCAUCACUCCACUCCUGACCCUCAUCGAUGGCUUCACCUCCAUCUUCAUCGCCCUCUUCGGUCUCGCCCGUUCCCUCCUCUCCUUUGCGACCGUCACCAUCCCCCAUGCCGGCUUCACCAUCCUGCACUACUCCCUCACGCUCCAGCUCAACUUCCUCUCCCUCUUAGUCCUCUUCCUCGCAGCGGUACUAGCGGUACUCCUCUGGCUGCGCUACCGCCAUCGUAGUUACGAGCGUCUCAAGGAAGUACCCCUCAAGACGGACGAUGGUUUCAAUCUCCAUCCGGAACUCAAUGCCGGCACACCAGACACGAAGUCUAGCACUUUCCACUCCUACCUCGACGAGUUCCUCCAAGCAAUCAGGGUGUUUGGAUUCCUUGAGAAGCCUGUAUUCCAUGAUCUUGCAAGACACCUACAGACGAGGCGAUUACUUGCCGGAGACUCCCUCUCCCUAGACUCGGACUUUAGCUUCUACAUUGUCAUUGAUGGGAAAGUGCAGGUGUUUGCACCUCUACCACCAGAGUCGGCUGCGAAGGAGUCUGGGUUCGAUGAUGAGGAGAACACGGGAUACCAGUUGUUGAACGAGGUGGAGAAUGGAGGGACGCUCAGUAGUCUCUUCACCAUCCUGUCCCUCUUCACCGAAGAUGUGCAGCUGGGAUACCGAGAGGAAGGUCUACCUGGAGAGGCACCUCCACCACCUCAGCCAAUGUCAGCUUCUGCUGAAGGACUACGUCGUCGAGCGAGCCUCCUUCGACCAGGCUCGGAGCAGCUACAACUCAAUGCUGCUGCUCUCCGCAAUAUCCCGAAUGCUGGGGACCAUUCACUUGAUCAGAUCAAUGGCCUUCGGAGGAUAAGCGACCUACAACCCCCGCCGAGCGUUGGUGAAUCAGACUUCCCACUGCAAUCAGGACCGGAUAGUCGUCCCUCUCCGCCCUUUCCAGCUGACUCUUCACCCCGAGUCACGGGUAGAGGUAGUGGUAGCAGUGAGCGCGGGUUGAGUCCAGUACCUCAAGAGCUCCUUCCACCAGCUCAAGCUGCAGUCCCCUUCAAUAGCUUUCCCACCUCGCCCAAUCGCACUCGAAGUGCCAGCGCUAGAGGUCAAGGACGAAUGGAGUCGCCCGUCUUCUCUGCAUAUCGCAAGGCAGGAUCUAAUGGACGACCGCACACGCCGGGCUCAGUCUUGAGCGGCUACAGUAUGCAGACCAAUAGAGGGAUAUCUAUGGCUCCGCCGCCGCUCUCGAGUAUGGGCACAGCUACGGGCCGUCCAAGCGAUACGCUCCACUUUGAAGGAGCUGGAACAGUGGGAAGAGCCGUAGUGGACACGACCCUCGCCGUCAUCCCGGCCGAGGCCUUCAAACGACUCACGAAGAAAUACCCCAAUUCGGCCGCUCACAUCGUCCAGGUCAUCCUCACCCGUCUGUCCCGCGUCACGUUUCACACUGCUCACAAGUAUCUUGGGUUGACAAAGGAGAUUAUGCGCACGGAAAAGAGGAUCAAUGAAGUCGCUUCGUUUCCGCUGCCGUCCAUCUUCUAUGAGCAGGGAGGAAUGGAGAAGCUCAGGCAGCGCUUCCUUCCUGAGCCAGUCAAGCAGGGGAGUACUGGGAGUACUGCUGCCGCUGCCGCUGCUGCUGCUGCUGCGAAGCGAGGCUCUGAAGACGACUACUUUCGACAUGGUGCGGUAACUGCUACUCAGAAAUCGGGCUCGGGCAAGGGCAAUGUACCCUCCACUCCCUGGGGGCAUCCCGACCCGCCACUCCGUACGCCCUUUCCUCGCACCAGCGUCGGCCCUGGUGAUUUGCUCAGCAUGACUGGUGAUCACGACAUGGGCCGAUCCGGAAGUCCUCACUCCGUCGGUGCCUCGAUAAGCACGAUGCGAAGUCCACCGAACAAGCAUAGCUCGAUUGCAGGAGCAGGAGGACGGUCCAUGGGCGCUGGCAGUCCAGAUACCCUGAUGAAUGCCUCUGAUGACGGCAGACCCUCUCUUGGUCAGCGCAUUGGCUCGACGCUGGGCUCGAUUCCGAACUUUGACCUCAAGGACGAGAUACUCGAUUGUAUCUCCAAGGCUAUCGGUAUUCAGGCUUCGCAGCCGCCAAGCCCUCACUUUGGAGGAGGAUACGAGCCCAGUCCAUUCAUUCAUCCUCAAGACGCCUCGCUCCACCGGAACAGCGUCUUUAAUUCCGCCUUUGGCAGUCUCUCCAUGCUCGACGGGAUGAUGUACGAAGAUGAGACAAGCAGCAUCACCGGAGCGAGCAGCUUUGCUGGGGUUCAUCAUGCUGAGCUGGAAAAUGAAGUCGAAGUGAGAUUCUUCCCAAAGGGAAGUCUUCUCGCCAAAGCGGGCGAGAGCCAUGCGGGUCUCUUCUACGUCAUUGAUGGCUUCCUCGACGUGAUUGUACCGCCGGAAGUCAAGGCUGAAUUUGAGGUGCUCCCCACCGAGCAAUCUUCGAAGAGCUCGGCGGCUACGAAGAAGAGGGCUGAGCAGGCGCGUGGACCUGCUACGACGAUGGCCAAGCUCAAUAGAGAAAUGGGAGGUGCGGAAGGCGGCGUUGGAGGCACGGGGAGGUCCGGCAGUGGUAGUGGGACUAGUAGCAAGCGAGGUAGUCGAGCCAACUCUAUCAGCUCUACCACUCCUCGCAAGUCGACGGCUGUCCCCACUCAUUCGGCCAUUGGCAACUCCCUAGAUGGCAGUCAUCACAAUGCCGGAUCGCGCUCAAGAGAACCUGCUGAGCCACUGAGGUCUGGCGCAAUGGGUAGCAAGAGCAUGGGACCGCUGCCGGAAGACGCCUCGAAGAAACCCAAGCGGGAUGUCCCACCUUCGCAGCAGCGACCCAUCUACAGCGUUGGUCGAGGCGGAGUGGCUGGGUACCUCUCUUCUCUACUCGCCACGGCAAGCUACGUCGAUAUCCGAGCCAAGACGGACGUCUAUGUUGGGUACCUCCCCGCGAAGGCUCUCGAGCGGAUCAUGGAGCAGAAACCCAUUGUCCUCUUGACGUUGAGCAAGCGUUUGCUCAGCCUCUUGUCCCCACUCAUCAUUCACAUCGACUCGGCUCUGGAUUGGCAGCAGGUCAGUGCUGGUCAGGUCAUCUUUAGAGAAGGAGACCCUUCGGAUAGCUUUUACAUUGUCAUCAAUGGUCGUCUGAGAGCCAUUAGCGACCGAGAUGGCUCUGUUGAUGUGCUCAGCGAGUAUGGUCAGGGAGACAGUGUUGGUGAGCUCGACGUCAUCACAUCGUCUCCACGGAGAAAGACUCUGCAUGCCAUUCGUGAUAGCGAGCUGGCUCGUAUGCCCAUGACCCUCUUCAAUGCCGUCGCUGUGCGACAUCCACAAAUCACCAUUCAAAUCUCUCGCAUCAUUGCUCGCAGAGUCACGCAGGAGAUGAAGGAUCGACAAGCCACUGCUCAUGUUCUCCGUCAUCAAGUUCCUGGUCUGCCGGAUCUGGGAAGGAAUAAUGCCAAUCUGCGCACGGUAGCCAUUGUGCCCGUUACGCGGGAGGUGCCGAUUACAGAGUUUGCCAACAAGGUGCAGAGUGCAUUCGAGGACACAAUUGGUGGGCCUACUUCGUUCCUCAAUCAGAGCAGCGUCAUGAGCGUGCUGGGAAGGCAUGCUUUCAAUCGAAUGGGCAAGCUGAAGCUCGCUAGCUGGCUGUCUGAACAGGAGCAGAAACAUCGCUUGGUCCUCUACGUCGUCGAUACCGCCGUCAGCUCUCCUUGGGCACAGACGUCCAUUCGACAGGCAGAUACGGUCCUCCUCGUUGGCUUCGGAGACGAUCCAGCUGUGGGAGAGUACGAACGGCUGCUGGUCAGCGUCAAGACUACCGCUCGUAAAGAGCUCGUGCUCCUCCAUCCUGAACGCAGUGUUCCUCCUGGAUCAACACGCGCCUGGCUAGAGCCCCGACCAUGGAUCAAUGCUCAUCACCAUGUUGAGAUGCCUGGGAUCACCCGUUCUCGCGCUGCACCCAUGACGACGGACCCGACGGCUGUCAAGGCCUUGCGCAACCUCAAGGAGCGACUCGAAAGUGGACUACAGCGCUACCGCGUCAAGGGCAGUGCGGCGAAUGUCGGCGGUAGAGCACACCACUACAGUGAUUUUGCUCGACUUGCAAGGCGAUUGUGCGGUAAGAGUAUUGGGUUGGUCCUAGGUGGAGGAGGCGCUCGUGGCUGUGCCCACGUCGGUGUAGUGCAGGCGCUAGAGGAGCGAGGGAUCCCUAUCGACAUGAUUGGCGGUACCAGCAUUGGUAGUCUCAUUGGAGGCCUCUAUGCAAAGGAAGGCGAAGUCGUCUCUUCGUACGGACGAGUAAAGAAGUUCAGCGGUCGUAUGGCAAGCCUGUGGAGAAUGGCUACAGACGUGACGUACCCUCUCGUUUCUUGGACUACGGGUCACGAAUUUAACCGAGGUAUCUUCAAGGCUCUUUCCAAUACACACAUUGAGGACAUGUGGCUGCCCUUCUUUUGCAACACUACCAAUAUCACCUGGUCACGCAUGGAGGUACACACGAGCGGUUAUGCCUGGCGAUACAUCCGUGCUUCUAUGACUCUCGCUGGCCUCAUCCCUCCACUAGUCGAUGACGGACAGAUGCUCGUUGAUGGAGGGUACGUGGACAAUCUCCCCGUCUCGGUCAUGGUAGCCAUGGGUGCCCAGAGCAUAUUCGCCGUCGACGUAGGCAGUAUAGACGACACCUCUCCACGCAGCUACGGCGAUACUCUUUCUGGUUGGUGGGUCUUGAUCAACAAGUGGAACCCCUGGAGCGACGCACGAAAUAUACCCAGCAUCCCCGAUAUUCAGGGAAGACUCACCUACGUCUCCUCUGUCAAGACACUCGAGGAGGCCAAGCGCAUACCUGGCUGUCGCUACAUGCGCAUGCCCGUAGAAGGGUUUGGCACGCUGGAAUUUGGGAAGUUUGAAGAGAUUUCAAGAAUUGGAUAUGCGGCCGCUUCGAAGAUGUUGGCGGAUUGGGCUGAAGAGGGGUUAUUGCCUACGGGUAAUGAAGGGGAUGCGGAAGAGGUUAUGGAGAGGAGGAGGAGAAAAGGAGGGAUUAGCGCUAGGCGGAAUAGCGUUUGAGGUGAGAGGUGGGACGAAGGUCUCGUGGGAAGUGAAAGAGCAGACCGCUCGUCGAAUGUAUAGUACACGGAGCACUUCACUGCUACCGAUGCUGCCAUCUACAGUGUGUACGUCGUGCACAUGUGGCACAUUCAGUGCGUACUGUACGAAGCGAGGGGACGAGACAACCAUUACAUCUCUUUCUUCUCGGCUUCUCCCAGUGCCAUCAGAGCGCGAAGCUCUUCAAUGCUACAUUCCCACAGGCUGUCCUCGGGAUGCGGUGGUGUCAGACCCAACUUUUCCAGAUUUGCCUUGUUCUCAUGCAGGAGAGCAGGCUGUCGCUUCAUGCGCUCGAUUUCGCGGCGGAAUGCACUGGGG